ACGCGCCGGUAACCUCGUCAAAUUUUUAAGUUGUUUACUGCCUCCUCCUCAAUGCUCUACAUUUGACAUGGAAUCAGAAACUUUUUUAGAUGAAUGCAUUUUAUCGACUGCUCUUAAACUAAAAAACUUCUACAUUGAUGACGAUGUGGAUGAAGAAUUAGAGAACGAAAUCUAUGAAACGGAGCCUCAAAAGCGAUCAAAAGCUCAGAAAAAGGCUUUGCGUAAAAGGAGAGAAAGUGCAGCAAUAUUCAACCGACUCAGCGAAGAUACCUCGGCCAAUUUUUUGAAUGAUAAUAUUGAUUUUGCGCGACCAUUUUUUUUUGACGAUGGUAUCGAUUAUGAUCUAACAAAUGCAUCAACGGAAACUGCGAAGAAUGAUACAGACAUCGAUAAAACGACAAAUGAAUCAACAACGAACGUUCAAAAAUUGUAUGAAGCUCUUCGAUUGCCUCGAAAUGUUGCCGAUGAAACCAUAUUGUCGGAAAACAAAACAAACUCACAUGAGGCUUGUAACAAUAAUAAGUCAGUGAACACAUCCAAUUCCAAUGAACAUCGACCAUUAUAUGAAGUCACAAACAGAG